GCUGCUCUCGUGCAGCCUGGCGCCUGCGGUUGGUUUGGGGAGGCAGGGCUUCCUACCCUCGAAAUUUGAGGGAUCGCCGUGGAGCGCGCUGUGGACUGUCCAACAAGUAAUUCCUGGCUGAACUCCUCCCGUCUGGUGCUGUCUCCCUCUCUCUGACUCGCAGCGCUCCCUUCCCAGUCCUGCGGGCUGAGGGAGCGCGUGGGGUAGCGAGUGCAGCCGGGGUGUAGCAUGCAUGAGCGUGCGGCGGGACCGGCGCCCAGGGACACAGGCGGGUGUGCGCUCGGACGCCGCGGGGGCCAUGGCUUCGUUUGGGAAGCUGACGGAGUACUUCAGCCUGAGGAAGUCGAGGAUGGAGCUGCGCUCCGGGCGUCAGGGCCGGCGCAGUGGGAGCUGUUGCUGUAGUGUCACCGAGUGCAGGUCUCUGGACAGAAAGCUGCAGCGACCGCUCCUGGGGAAGUCCCGAACGCUGCCCAGCAUCCCGCAGUCCCCGGUCCUGAGCAGGCUUCCCCUCCUCGACUCCACGGCGUACAGGGAGGAGAUGCCGGAGCAGAAGCCCUACAAGAAGCACUCGGGCUCUGACUGCCAGAAAGGCUGCACAGUCCCUUCUACCGGGGAAGCCUGGCGGCUGGAGGACGACUGCACGGACCCCCCCAGGACCCCCCAGCUUGGCACAGCGGUGGAGGAUGCCCCGUUCAGCUACUUCCGCACCCGCUCCUUCUACAUGAGGAAGAGCCUGUCUGUCGACAACCACCUGGGGUCCCUCAGCUAUGCCGUCCACCCGGUGGAGACGAAGGCUGAGCGCGUCAAGACCAAGCUGCGGCGGCAGUUUAGCCUGGGGUCAGCGGACAAGAAGGACUUUUACCAGCCAAAGUCGGAAAGCAGCCUCUCUAGGUUUGCUCACCGCUUGUCGGUUAAGCAGAAGCAGGAGAAGAGAAGGAAAGCUGAGUAUGCCUCGGCCGAGCUGUCUGCCUUCCGGCCCAGGUCUCUGAGCAUUGAAUGGUCAUCCUCCCCUAAAAUGACACAGCAGAUGCGGGACUUGCAGCUGGCACAGGCCAGGAAGCCGCCGGGCCCUUCCUCACCAAAUGCAGCCAAGAGGCUCUACCGAAACCUGUCGGGGAAAUUUCGUGUCAACUACACAUCCUUCGACGAGGGCAGCCUGGCAGGACGGGGCGAGAAGGAGAAGCUCCGCAAGUCCUACCUGUUCCAGAGCAAUGCUGCCCUCUUUGAGGCUGUGGAGCUGCAGGACCUAGACAGGGUCCAGGAGCUGCUGAAGCAAUACAGCCCCGAGGAACUGGACCUCAACACCCCCAACAGUGAGGGGCUGCUGCCCCUGGACAUCGCCAUCAUGACCAACAACACGCCCAUCGCCAGGGCCCUGCUGCAGGCAGGAGCAAAGGAGAGCCCGCACUUUGUAAGCCUGGAGAGCCGCUCGCUGCACCUCUCCACACUGGUGCGGGAAGCAGAGCAGCGCGUCAACGAGCUGACAGCACAGGUGGUGAACGAAGCGCCCAACGCCGACUGCUCUGAGAAGGAGAAGCAGCUCAAGGCUUGGGAGUGGCGAUACCGGCUUUACAAGCGCAUGAAGGCAGGGUUUGAGCAUGCCCGAGUGCCAGACGCCCCCACCAAUGUCCACCUCUCCGUGGCCAGCAGCUCCUCAGUGCAGGUGACCUUCUGGGAGCCCCUGAGUGUCAACUCAGCUGUCGUCACCAAGUACAAAGUGGAGUGGAGCUGCUCCCCCACCUUCUCACCACUGCUCGGGGAGGCCGUGAUUGACAAGCUGAAGAACCUGCACUUCACCAUCCGGGGGCUGGUGUCGGGCACAGCUUACUACGUCCAGGUGUCUGCCUACAACAUGAAGGGCUGGGGUCCCCCACAAGCCUCUGUGCCCCCUUUCGCCAUCCCUUCCAACUGGCGGGAGUAUGACGGCCGGGCCCCACGGAGAAGGGGGCAAGCUGAAGCUUUGGACCAUCUGCUGAGCCAGGUGAAGACCAUCCAUCAGCACUGUGUUUGCCAUGAGCCCUGCAAGAACCAGCCCCAAAGCAGGAAGCACUCGGUCUCCAAGAGCCUCAAGCACCUCUUCCACCCCGGCAGCAAGUUUCUCAAGACACUGAAGCGGGGCCUCUACCUGACAGCCAUCUUCUACAAGGACGACAACAUCCUGGUGACCCAUGAAGACCAGAUCCCCGUGGUGGAGAUUGAUGACACCUAUUCCUGCCUGCUCAUGCAGGAUUUUCUCUGGUUCACAAAGGUGUCGUGCAUGUGGGAUGAGAUUCUGUGGCUGCGGCAGUGUGUUACUGUCUCCCAGUCGUCCUGCUCCUGCAUCCUGCAGACACGCUUCAAGAUGCUGCUGGCUAUCUCACAAAUGCAGGGGCUGCUGGGCAUCCAGGACCUGGGGCAGGUCUUCUUUGAGCCUGUUAAAGACAAACAGGGCAACAUCCUCAUUGUCACCCUGAAGGAGGUGAAGACCAACCAGACCUUUGAGAGCGUCCGCUGGGUUCCCAUCUGCAAGCUGCAGACCAGCCGCAAGUCCGUGUCCUCCCCAGAGGAGCCCACUGCUCUGGACACGCUGCUGAUCUCCGUCCAGGACAAGCUGGCAUACCACCAGCGGAGCAGCCAUGCCCUCUCCCCGGGCCUCUACCUGGGCUACUUGAAGCUCUGCAGCGCCGUGGAUCAGAUCCGAGUGCUGGUGCCAGAGCGGCUCCCCAACAUCCUGUGCCACGUCAAGAUUCGCUCCAACCCCAACAUCUCCAGGGAGGAGUGGGAAUGGCUGCAGAAGAUGGUCAGCAUGGAGGAGCCUGUUCCUGCAGAGCCAGAGGCUGAGACCUCCCAGAAUCACUUGUUUCAGGAGCUCCAAGUGGCCAUCAAGGAACUGAUGACCCUGGUCAACAUCCCAUUGCAAGAGGCCAAAGAUUUCCGUCUGUACAGCCAAGAGGUGCUGGACUUUGGGGGCCAGGUCUCCUUCCUGCUGCUGCUGCCUCCAUCGGAUGAUGUCUGCACUGCUCCAGGCCAGAACAACCCCUACACCCCUCGCUCCGGCUUCCUUACGCUGCCACUGCAGAUCUUUGAGCUAGUCCACUUCUUCACUUACGACCGGGAAUUCAUCACGCAGUACUGCCAGGUGUCUGCUCUCCUGGAGCUGGAGUCGCUCCUCUCUCAGCAGAGCCUCAGGGAGGCCUUCUCCGACGCCGAGCUCUCCACCGCAAAGCAGCGGCACCAGCAGGUUCAGGACUACAUCCAGCAAAUGGAGGAGAUAUGGCGUGAGAUGCGCUGGAUUAUGGAUGCCCUGCAACACGCCCGGUACAAGCAGCCCUCCUGCGGGGUGUCUCUCAGCGGCUUCCUCAGCGAGGCUGGAGGUCCAAUGAAGGAGAAAACCCGAUCCACCUCAUCCCACCUCGACUACCUUCCCUCCCCAGCACCCUCGCCGGAGACCAGCCGUAAACUCAACUCUGACUCACAUGGGCUGUCAGAUGAGGAGGGCUCCUCGGAGGUGUUCCUGGCCACCGACAGUGACUACGACUCCAGCAGGGCACAGAGCCCCAAGGAACUUGACCUGGUAUACUCCUCCUCGGGGCCCGAGUGCUGCAGCAGAAGAGUUGCCCACACCCUCCGUGACAGCGCCCCGGAUGUCCUGCAGACCCAUGAGCUCAAGACCCCACCGCCACCACCACCACCGCCGGAGGAGCCCCGGCCACCCCCUGAGAUCUACGACAGCGACUUCGUUCUUCCCAGCCGACAGAUCGAGCUGCUGCGCAUCACAGAGAAGCGACAGGCAUACUGUGUUCGAACCAGCAGCCUGGACUUUCCCAAACCGCUCUGCCAGGUGUCCAGAAAGUCCUGCCCCGGUUCCGUCGAUAGCUCCCCGACGGAGAGCAGGACCACGGGCCACUGCAGCCAGCUCAGGCUGGGGACUGGCUCUACACCCAGCCCUGAGCGCAGCCAGGGCGGGCAGGGCUCUGAGCCCAUCUUCCGGACGCGCUCAGCUGAGUGGACUCAGAACUUCCAGGAGCAGCUGGAGCAGCCUGGGUGCUUGGCCGACAGAGGGAAGAAGCCGGGCUCUGUCACCUUGUGGGUCUGCCCUCAGUACGAAACCGGACUCUCCAAAGAGACCAGUGUUAAGCUGCACAUCACCAGCCAGACGUCCGCCGGGGAGGUGGUGAAGCUGGUGGUGCUCGAGAUGAACGACAUCUCCCGUGGCGUGCUAGGUGGCUCAGCCGCCUUCUGCUAUGGCGAGGAGCAGCUGGAGCAUUUUGGACUGGUGUUCGCCUCCGACGAGAGUGAGCGGUGGCUUCCUGAUGACUUCAUGCCUCUGUCCCUCCAAACUAGCCAGCCUGAGGGGCGGUUCUAUGUCCGGAUCAAGGAGACAUCCCCUCUGGUUCUCCAGUUUGGGCCAGCGACCACUGUAUGAGAGGAGGAGAGCCGGCCAGGCGGCGCAGGGACCUCGGCUUCCAGAGAGCAGACAGCUCGUCUCUGAUGCUUCCUUCUUCCACAGACACCCUCUCAUCAGGCGUCCGCGGGGUGGAAUGGGAUCAUACUGGGCUGUGUGUUAUUUGUUUGUGGUUUUUUUUUUAUUUUUUUUUUUUUUUUAACCAAAGAGACAUCAAGACUCAGUUUUUCUGACUGCAGAAGAGGAGGGUGGAGUGCGGAGACCUCAGAGCUUGGGAGGAAUCUCUGCAGGAAUGGAAUUUUUGAAAGUAAACAUUUUUAAGGGGAAGGGGGGGGGGAGAGAGAGGAAAAAUAUUACAAGAAGAAGCAGCAAUACCUUUUUUUUUCCUUUCUUCUUUUUCUGAAAUGCCUUGUUUGGGAUUCACUGAAGGCAAAGCCACAGAGGCUUGCUGGGGAUGGCUGUGGUGUCAAAGAGGAGAGGGCAGGAGUCACAAGGACAGCACUGAGAAGGGUGUUUUCCUAUCUGCCCUACUUUCACUGUACCUGGAGAAACAAUUCGUGCACAUAGUUCUUGGAACAAAAUUAUAUUUUUCUUCCUUUCCUGAAAAAUUUAAUAAUAGUUGUGCUAGAGACACUGGAGUUAUGUAAGAGAUGAAGACCCUUUGACUUGUUUUAAAGGCAAAAGCAAUCCACGCAGCCAGCCCCAUGCACACACAGCCAUGCACACUGCUGUGUUGAUGCCACCACGAGAGGUUUGCUAUAGGGCAUCUACUGCAACACCCUGCACACCACCCUGGGAUUUCCUUUCCUCCUCAGUUGCUGUUUUGUUCUGGUGAUUGUGCUUGGCCUCUCUUGUAUGUCCUAUAGCAUGACAUUUUGUUAGCUACUAGGUCUCUUGUUAACAAGGUUAUUUUUCUGAUCUCCUGUGGUCCAUAGUAAAGAUGACUGCUGCUGACUGAGUUUCACUCUUUUCCUUCUUGUGGCUUGAUGU